CGAGUGUGGGAGACGCGUUCUUGGGCUCCUGUUGUAGAGAGGCACACAUUGAUAAACCACUAAAAAUUAUUUGCAAAAUUCAGUACUUUUCGAGUUAAAAUGGCGCUGGAGUUGUUUUUGGACAUGUUUUCGCAGCCUUGUCGCUCAGUUUAUAUGUUCGCCAAAAAGAACAAUAUUCUGGUGGAGGUCAGAACGGUUUCACUGAUGAACGGGGAGCAGUUCACAGAGGAGUUUGGAAAAGUCAAUCCUAUUCGCAAAGUUCCAGCUCUGAAAGAUGGAGAUUUCAGCAUGGGCGAGAGCAUUGCGAUGAUGCAGUACAUGGCAGAGAAGUUCAAAACGCCCGAUCACUGGUACCCUGCAGAUCUUCAGAAGAGGGCGCGGGUGAACGAAUAUCUCUGCUGGCAGCCAACAGGCAUUCGAAUGCAUGGCUCCAAAAUCUUUUGGUUAAAGGUGAUGCUACCCACAGUGUUUAAGAUUGAUGUUCCUAAGGAAAAGAUGGAAGGAGCUCUUGAGGACCUGGACUCUUCUCUGAAGGUCAUUGAGGAUGCAUUCAUCCAGGACAGAGCCUUCAUUGCAGGGGAGCAAAUCUCCAUGGCUGACCUGGUGGCUGUCGUUGAAAUCAUGCAGCCCUUUGCAGCGGGCGUAGAUGUGUUCAAAGACCGUCCGAAACUCCUGGCGUGGAAAGAACGUGUGGUGCAGGCUGUGGGGAAGGAGCUUUUUGAUGAGGCUCACGAGAAGAUCCUGAAUGCGCGAGAGGCCGUCAAACUGGUUGACUCCAGCAAGAUGGAAGCUUUUAGACCUCGUGUGAUCAGACUCAUGCUCUGAGACAAGACAAAAAUCAUGUGUUCUGAGUAUAACAUAAUCCCUGUGUAAUCUUAUAAAGGAUCAAUUUUUAACUUU